AUGCCUAACAUUCCAUCAAGGCCAAAGGCAAGUGCAUUCCAAAUGACCCUAGAAGCAGCACGGGAUGAAGAAGAUGUCACUUCAAGUACCUUUCUUGUAAAUGAAUUGUCUGCCAAUAUAUUGUUUGACUCUGGAGAAAAUUACUCCUUUAUAUCGCACAAAUUUGGUGGAGGACUAGCAUUGCCUGUUAAUAAACUUGAUAAUGCUCUACUUGUAGAAGUUGCCAAUGGCAAAUUCAUAACUGUUAGCGAUUGCAUUAAAAACAUCAUCAUCAACUUGAAUGGGAAUAAAUUCCACGAGGAUUUGUUGCCCAUUAAGUUGAACAGUUUCGACAUCGUGUUGGGAAUGGAUUGGCUUAGUACAAACGAUGUCGAGAUACUAUGCAAGAAGAAGAUGAUGAGAGUAAAUCCACCUAGAAGAGAGUCAUUUAUGGUUGCAGUUCUAGUAGUUGUCAUGAUUCCUUCUAUGGUAGCAGUUGUGAUGAAUUGGAACACCCAACAAGAAAGAAACAUCAACAUUUUUGUAGAGAGCAUUACCCAUUGA